GGCCGGUUCGGCAGUGUGCAGUCGGAGCGCUGCGGGUUUGUUGUUCUUUCCUCGCGCUGGCCCGGUUAUGAGCGGGUUCUGCUGCUCUCCAUGGAGUCGUACUUCCGGUUUCAGGGGAAACACAGCGUGGAGGUGUGAUGAAAAGCAGCAGCGGUGGAGACAAGCAGCUAAAGCGAACUGUUUGUGUUUUCUUUCCUUUUCGCCUCUGCAGUGUUUUGGGCUGAAACUCAGCUCGGUGUGGUUCCGAUCCGGUCCGGGGACACGAACUAACCCGCAGUGUGAGUGAACAGAUCCCCAGAGUGUCCAUCAUGGAGAGAAGAGGAGGAGACGGGGAGGACAAGAACAAGUUUGAUUUGCUGGAGGAGAACCGAGCCGAUUCCGGAAUCGAAUCGUUCAAGUCGUUGAGCAGAGAUGAUCGGUGCAGCACCACGAGCUCGGUACCGGACCAGGACAAACUGAGCACAGAUGAGCGUCUGGACUCUUCUUACGGCUCUUCAUCUUUGACCACAGACAGUCUGAGCGACCUUCUGGGGAAAUGCAGCGUCUCGGGGACUCGAACCGAGCCCAGCCACGACACAGAGGAGUACAGCCAGGAGGAAGGGAACCUCCUGACCACCAUCACAGAAGAUGGAGACACGUUUCUCCAUUUGGCUAUAAUCCAUGAGAUGGAAACAUUCACCCACCAGCUCAUAAAUCUGUUCCCCAGAGAGAUCCUGGACAUCCAGAACGAUCUAUAUCAGUCACCACUGCACCUAGCCAUCUACCUGAACCAGGUGCCCGUGGUGAAGGCUCUUGUGGCGACCGGUGCAUGUCUCGAGCUCCAGGACCAGGAUGGAAACACACCGCUCCACGUGGCCUGCGAACACAACAGGCUCGAGUGUGCUAAUGAGAUGAUGCAUCACGCUUCGCUGUCCAAGCUCACCCCUGUGUUCGAGACCCAGAACUGGAGAGGUCUGACUUGCCUACAUGUUGCCACACUGCACAAACAUCACCGAAUCAUGAAAUUGCUGAUCAAGAAAGGCGUGGAUCUGAACCUCCAGGAGGGAACGAGUGGGAAAACUGCGUUACACAUGGCCGUGGAGCUGCAUGACGUGGAUGCCGUGACUCUGCUGCUAACCAAAGGCGCCAACGUCGAUGCUGCGAUGCUAAAUGGUUGCACAGCGCUCCAUCUGGCAGUCGGGCGUCAAGACACCGCCAUCACCGGCCACCUGUGCCAGGCAGGAGCUGACAAAAUGAUUCGCAACAUGGAGGACGAGACCGCGUUGGACCUCGCCGACGGCAAUGAUGACAUCCUCGCACUACUGCCUUUCGAUGACAUCCAGAUCAUGGGCAGAACUGUCAACUUGAAAUUCUGAGCGUGAAAAUCGUUCUGUUCAGCGUCCCUCUGUCUGUGAACUCUGGGGACUUCAGUUAUUUUUUUUUUUUUUUUUUUUAAAUGCCUUUACUUUCUAUAGCCUUGUUUAUUUUGAAUGUUGACGUAUGUUAGAGCUGUUUAAUUUAUACGCAAGAUUGAGGUGAAGUUCGUUCCACAUCUGUUCCAAACUGAUCUGUAGUAAUAAUCAAACAAACAUCCUCUGUGUUUAUAUAUAUUAUCAUGCUGAAAUGUGUAUGAACAUAUUGCUUGAACUGUAAAAUACCUCAAGUAUGGAAACGGACAUAAAUGUAAGGUGAUGAAAGUGACAAUAUUGCAUAUAAUAGGACAAGGAGGUUCAGAUGAGGAGUAAUAAUACAUCAGGGUUUACAGCAUCUCAUCUUUUCCGGCUUGGGGAGAUGUUCCUUUUGAGUUUUAAACUGACUUCAUGUAAUUUUUUUUUUUUUUGUCGAAUGCUUUUUCAUUUUCUGAAUCAACUAUGUUAAACGCCAAUUUUCCUUAUGCACAUAACUGAUAGUGAACCAGCAGGAAUGAACCAUAGUGUGGUUACAUGUGCCUUUGCGUUUGUUGUAAAUGACAGUAUUUUUUUGCUCAAUAACAAUUUCACUGGCUACACAUUGUGGAUUUACUCACUUUAAUAAAAGCCUGCUUCUGCUGAAAA